AUGAAAAACAAAGCUCCAUCGGGAUCCCACAUCCCAAUUUACAGAAUAAACCUUUCCCUGCCCCCUGCCAAACGUUAUGUACAUCUCGCCACGUUGUACGCAUCCCGCAUGCGCGCCAUGCUUCCCAUAUUCGACCAGCUUGUCGCAUCUAUAUCUCCAUAUAUCCCAUUACAACUAAUUCACCAUCUUGCGCGCAUGUUUCUGCGAGGAUUAUAUUCUCGCGAAGAAACGGAAGAACUCCGCGGAAUCGCGCGCACGACAGGGAUCGAGCUAUAUUUCCUGAUUUGUCUCAAUACGGUGCUGGAUUUGUUGAUGGGGUGUAGUAGUGGUGGUAUCCUCACGAAAUCUGCAUCGAAGGGAAAAGGGGAUGGGGGGAUGGUUCAUUUUCGGACGCUGGAUUGGACGAUGGAUCCGCUUAGGGAGUUGGUUGUUCAGCUUGAAUUUGUGCGUGACGAAAAUCAUGAAGAUGGUGGAAACGAGGUGAUAGCAACGAGUAUUACAUACGUCGGGUUUGUGGGUGUACUUACUGGUGUUCGGAAGGGGUUGAGUGCGUCGCUCAAUUUUCGACCCGUGCAUAAUCAUGAGCAGAUGACAUUUGGGGGGAAUAUGGCGUUUUAUGCUAAUCAUCUACUUGUGUUGUUGGGGAUGCGGCAGUCGAUUUCGUCUUUGAUGAGGGAGUGUAUUUUCGCUCCUUUCCAGGAGGCGUCGCCUCGGAAGAAGGAGAUGUCAGAUCUGGAAAACAUCGGAAAGAAUAUUCCUGGUAUACCUACAACGGCGGCAUAUCUCAUCUUCAGCGAUGGCGAGACCACCUUGACGAUGGAGAAGGAUUAUAAAACUGCCGUGGUACGGUCUUCGUCGUCGUUCAUUGCGAUUACGAAUCAUGACCAACCGCCAUCAUCCGAUCCAGAUACGGAUGGAGUUGGGAAGAAAAAGAAAAAGACGGGAAACCAUCUAGGUUUAUCCCUGAUAUCAUCCGAUGUACAAACCAUUGAAGAUCUGAUCGAGGAAAGCACGGAGCGGUAUGACUGCAUACAAGCGAAAUGGGAUAAAAAGGUCCAACGACACCAAAAGCACAUAGCGAGAAAUGCAGAGCAAGCGGAAAGAGGAACGAGGACGUCGUUGCGUCUAAGGCAGAAAAGGGAGGAACACGCGGUAUUGGCGGUUACGAGAGAAGAGGCGAUUGAGUGGUUGACGAUGUAUCCGAUACUGAAUGAGUCAACGCAUUAUGCUUGCUUGAUGGAUGCGAAAAUAGGGGAGGUUGUUUGGGGGAGGAGGUAUGAUGCCGAUGAAUGGGAGUGA